CAUUCGUGUUAAGUAAAAGGACAAAUCUCAGACUUUGGAAGUUAAUGGAGUUAAUGGAAGUUAAUUCGGAAUUUAAUUUAAUUCGGAAGUUAAUGGAGCCGUGCACUUCAAAAUAGGUCCAUAGCAAGGAGCCGUUUGUUUCAGUACGACUCCUUUCAGCUGCCCACCCAAUUUAAACUGCUAAUAAAAUGCGUGAGGAGGCGUUUUGAAAAGAAAAAAAUUACAUUUUUUUAGAACAGGGUAGAAAUAUAAUUAUGAGCCUUUGAUUGAUAUCCAGACAUUUUUUGCGGAGACACAAUCCUGUUCCCCACUUGUAUUGGAGUAGACGGCGAUAUAUACUUCUGGGCCACAUGAAAUGACGGACCCCCGUCCACAGCCAGCUUAAACAGCUGCAAUACCAGGCUUGGCCUCUGAGCACUGGUGGAUUGCGGAAGUAUGCGCCUAUCCUGGGAGAAAACCUAUGUCCAUGGAGAAAACCAAAGCACGAACACGGAAUGAAUAUUCGUCUGAUGCUGGAGGGGACCAAUAACAAUGACGGACCAAUAUGGCGGUCUUGUUUGAAUUCAAUGCAAAUGCCAUACCGAAACAAGAAACUAUUCUAUUCCAUCGGAAUUACAUUGUUAUUAAUAAAUAUACUUCAUGAGAAAAGUGCUAUCUGCCUUUUCCCGGGUCAGCAAACCUCUUGUUAACAAACAAACAUCUGCUGGACAUCUAUAACUAUUUUUUUAAUUCGUCAUGUGGGGGGAAAUAGAUCCUCCAUUAACAAAACCCAUUCCAGGUCCUUCUGAGAAAAAUGACAGAACUGAAACACCUGACAACACACGCAUGGAUUUGGAGACUCAAAUGUUCCCUGCAUUUGUGUUGAAAAAGCCAACGAGCCCCAAAGAUUGCCCGCAGGACAAACAGGAUUUUCAGGUCUUAUCCCCCAGUGUGAAUGCCAUGUUGGAGGCUGUCGCUUUGAGUGGGAGCCCGGUCAAGAGCCAGCAAAUAGGAGAAGCAGACCUGACUCUAGAUCAGCGUCGAGAGGAGCUGUUACAACAGUACAAGAGCAAACCGCUUGUUUUCCUUGAAAGGUACCAGGCCCAUCUGAAGCCUCAGCAUCUGGCUGCGUUCUCCCACCUCGGUUCUGACCCACGGGCCAAGCACUACUGCCGGGUGAUACAGAGAAGGCCUGGAGGGCAUGCCGACAGGACGAGGGUUCGAAAUCAUCGCUAUGCGGCCCUUAGAGCACUGCAGAGAGAGGGUCAGUACUUCAGCGAGGAGCAGAUGAGAAACAGGGAGCCGCUACUGUAUGAGCAGUACAUCGGCCAGUACCUGACAGAUGAUGAGAUACUGGAGCGAUCCCAGGAGUUGAUGCAGGACGGUGCUGCUCAGGGAAGGUCGGACGGGCCAGAGGGGUGUGCUUCCGGGGGGCUGGCCCACAUCCUCCUCAACUCCUACCAAGAGCGACUCCUUCAGAGCCGUCUGGAGGAGGAGCAGGAGAAGGAGGACGGCGCCAAGGAAGAGGAGGAGGAAGACGAUGAACGUAAGGAGGAUGAAGACCUCAACGAUGCUGGGCAGGAGGAGCGGCAGGGAGGGCCCUCGCAGGAGGAGAAAGCCCUGCUCCGCGAGGAGUUCAUCGGACAGAUGCACCAGCGCUUCCUGUCUGGCCAAGACAAGGACUUCAACUACAGUGAAGUGGACGAGAACCCAGACUAUGACAACCUGGACAUAGUGAGCAGAGAUGCAGAGGAGAAGUACUUUGAUGAUGACUAUGAUGGUGAGGAGGAGGAGGAGGAAGAAGAAGAAGAAGAAGGCGAAGAGUAUCAGAGUGAAAAUAAAGAUGGAGAUGAGUGUAUGACAGAAUAGAAAGGUUCACAUUGGUUGAACUCAUAAUUCAGAACGGUAUUCAAACAUUGUUAAACAUUUUAUAUAUUUCAUCUGUUGUAAAUCUUUGACAAGGACUAUAAUAAUUAUGUAUGGUGUACCUUUCUGUAGUGUAUCAAUGACAUUCUCUCUCGCUGAAAUAUUCAUUUAAAUUAGCUUUAUUUGCAGGAAAAGCAAUCGUAAUAAAAGGUGAUUCAAGUAUUGUUUACAAGGGAAC